AUGUACUCUGGUGGAGGAGAGAUCAUCGUAGCACCACCGACUAUGCAGCAACACAUGGGCUCUGCAAUAAUGCUUAUUGUCCUGCUUGCCGCGGGCCGAGACACUGUGUCUGCGCAGACGGAGAUGAGGGUCAUCCGCGUGUGUCGCCAUUCUGCCGGCGAAUUGCUGCAACCCCCGAGGGCUCAGAAGAGUCUGGGAAAAGAGGCCUUCACGCCUGGCACGCCUGGCGCGCCAGGGAUCACACGGCCCACUGUCGUCGAAUGGGCCACUGAGGGGCUUCUUCUGCUCUGGGCCUUCUGGGGCCUUUGGGGCCCUCUGGGACCAUGGCAGGGCCAUAUCACGUCACUGUGGGACCCUUGUUAG